CUUUGGACUUGCGCAUAAGGGUGAGCUGUUCUUCUGCUGGACCAUGACUGGCAAGCAAAGAAUCCAAUGGAGGUCCAUGUGCAAAAGCCUGGUCCUGGGUACACUCCUGACAAGCUGCAUGAUCCUUGUUUACUGCCUCUCCACUCCACAGGUCCACUUCAGUCUGCCUGAGGUUCCGGUGCCUUAUUCCUGCGCCCACCGUCCAACACAGUCCCACCCCAAACCAACCAUCAACAAUUCAGACACUGCCUACACCUGUGCUCCUAAAGUUGAUAUCAUGUUCAUGAAGACCCACAAAACAGCCAGCAGCACCUUCCUUAACAUCCUUUUCCGAUUUGGAGAGAAACACCAGCUCAAAUUUGCUUUUCCCGAAAGCAGAAAUGACUUCUUCUACCCAUCUCUUUUCCAGCGCUCCCAGGUUAAAGACUACAGACCGGGAAUGUGUUUCAAUAUUAUUUGUAAUCACAUGCGCUUCAAUGCACCUGAAGUGUCCAAGUUGCUGCCUGUGGACACAUCCUACAUCACCAUUCUGCGAGACCCUGCAGAGCUUUUUGAAUCCUCCUUCCACUACUUUGGCCGCCUGGUGCCUUUUACUUGGAAGAUACCAGGUGACGACAAGCUGACUGAGUUCCUACGUGAUCCCCACAAGUACUUUGAUCCAGAGAGUUUCAACUCUUACUACCUCAAGAAUCUGCUGUUUUUUGACUUUGGACUGGACAACUCUCUGGAUAUGAAUGAUCCGCGAGUGGAAGAAGGAAUCAAAUUCAUCAGUGACCGUUUUCAGCUGGUCAUGUUAGUAGAACACUUUGAGGAAUCACUCAUCCUGCUAAAGGAUGCCCUCUGCUGGGAGAUGGAUGAUUUGCUCUUCUUUAAGCUCAAUAUCCGUAAGGGAUCCACUGUGUCUAAAUUUACUCCUGAGCUGAGAGCUAGAGCCCUUGAGUGGAAUGCUAUUGAUUGGAAGCUAUACCAGCAUUUUAAUCAAACUUUCUGGAAGAAAGUAGAUGCGUACGGGCGGAAGCGUAUGGCUGCGGAUGUGGCAGAGCUCAAGAAGAGGAACAAAGAGAUGACAUCUAUCUGCAUUGAGGGUGGCCAUGCUGUAGAAGCUGGCAGCAUCCAAGAGACAGACAUGCAGCCCUGGCAGCCAAUCGGAGAGAAGUCUAUCAUGGGCUAUAAUUUAAAAAAGAAUAUAGACAAAGCACAUCGGAAGCUGUGUCGCAAGAUGUUAAUGCCUGAGAUUCAGUACUUAACAGAGCUUGGGGUGAACCUUUGGAUUACCAAGUUGUGGGGCCAUGUCCGAGAUAUAAUUAACUGGUAACUGAGUGUGUGAGCACCAGAGGCCAAUUUAAAUCUGAAACACUGUAUUAAGAAUUACUGCAUGGCUGAUAGAAUGGGAGGUUAAUGACGUAUCAUAUUUCCUGUCUCUUUGCCUGUUUGAAUUGUACAUCAUUGUGCACUGUGAUGUACAUCAUGAGAGCUUAAGAAAAAAAAAACUUGUGCUCUACAAAUACUGAAUCAGUUUACUGCAUGCAGCCGAGGCUUAGUAUUCUCCACUAUGAGUCCGUUUAAUUGUUCUUACUCCCAGAUGUCAGCUUGUUCUAAUGGAGCACUUGACGUAACUAUGAAGUUCACAAUGACGUUCUAAAGCAUGUUGAUAGAUUGAUAAGAAAUAUUUAUUUACAUCCCUGAGAAACUUCUGAGCAUUUUGAAAACAUGGCAGGAAUAUCAGUUGGUUUGAAGUAAAUGAAGUCUUUGAUGUUCACCUGAAAAAGUCAAAACAUUUCACUGACUGAUUCCCCACUAAGGACUGAAAUAUAUGUGAAAAUAUGCAACAAAUCUGUGGAGGACAAAAUCAGUCAUGAUGUUAAAAAGUAUGUGAGUAUCUCUCUCU